UGUCGCGAGAGUUGAGUGUUUGAGAGGAGGUGACCUCAUCGUCAUCGAGGCGGAGCUGCAACCGCUGCAACUUUGGAUGAACUUCUGAUUUGAAACAAACCCGAGAGAGAGAGAGAGAGAGAGGAGGAGGAGGUCUGUCUGCAACGGACAACAACAGGCACGAAAAGGUGAAGAUAUUCACAGGUUUUCCUGCUGCUGAGUCUUCACAGCCGGUUCGUUUUCAUCUUUGUACUGCUGGUGACGGUGUCUGAGCAGAGAGAGCGUUAUUUUCCCUCUCGAGGUGGACAUUAAUACAAGGGAAACCUCCUCUGACGACAAUCACACAAGUAGGCGCAGGAUUAAAGGAAAACACAUCCUGGUCAUUGUUCAUCACUGCUGGAUUGGAGUCGCCUCUCUGAUCUAAAAGAAACGGUUACUACUUGAAGUUGGGAAAGCUGUCAUCUGUUGGCAGGUCACCUGAGAGCCUUCAAACUGUGUCAUCUGCAGUUCACUGGCCUCGACAAGAUACUGGGAUCAUCAGUGCUUUGUGUUUACAACAGAUUCCAGACACCCACAGUCAAAGGAGAGCUGUUUUUUUUUUUUUUUUGUCAAAGCCAGUUCCUGAGUUGGUCUCAUCCAGACUGAUUGAGGUCUCCUCGAGCACCGCUGCAAUGCAGACUGCUUUUUAGAGACUCCGGCUGAGAAAGGUCACCAUCAACGCAUCUGAUCAUCAAGCUUCAUCAAGCACCAAAUGCAUCCGUGAGACUCUCUCGUUACUUCACUCAGUGGGCAUUAUGUUGAUCGUAAUCUAAACCCAUCAGCAACUCAUCCCUACCUCUCCCUCCCAUCUCCCAUCCCCACACCCUUUCCCAUCUCCACCAUGACCAGUCUGAAGCGUUCUCAGACGGAGCGCUCGGUUGGGGGCUCGGUGCCGGCUUCUGACGAGUUCUUCACCCGCCGCCUGCGACUUCCCAAUGGAGGGGCACCGCCACCCCGCAGCGAGAGCACCCACAUCUCCUCUUCCUCCACCACCGGCACCAACCCCGGCGUCCCCAAGAUGGGGGUUCGGGCUCGUGUGGCUGAUUGGCCCCCAAGGAAAGAUGGGGGAGGAGGGGGUAUUUGGCACAUCACCGUGGAAACGGAUUCACCCAGCUCUACCAUCACCACCAGCUCUUCAGGAUCAGGAAGUGGAGAUAGAGAGAGACUUGUCGGAGGGGGAGGAGGUGGUGGUGGUGGUGGUGGUGGAGGAGGAGGAGGAGGAGGAAGUGGUGGUAGUGGUAGUGGUGGCAGUGGAGGAGGAGGGGUGUCAGCCGUCGCAGCCCACAGCAAUCUGUCAGCCAAGCUGGGCCACCUGAUAAGCCCGCAGGACUCCUCCAUGCUGCGCAACAUCCACAACACAUUAAAGAACAAGAUGCAGAGCAAGGGAAAGGACAACCGCUUCCUGUCGCCGGAUGGCUAUCAGGGCUCACCUCGCAAAGGCAUGAGGCGCAUCCGCCAGCGCAGUAACAGUGAUAUAACUAUCAGUGAGCUGGAUGUGGACGGCAAUGAGGGCUGGUCCUUCUCCGGGUGGACACCCAUGCACCGUGAGUAUGGCAGCACUUCAUCCAUAGAUAAACACGGCGUGUCAGGAGAGAGCUUCUUUGACAUGCUGAAGGGAUACACGUCGUCUGAGGCUCCUGAUCAGAGAAGCCCAGCUCCAGAGAAGCUAUCGGAGCUGCUUACCGUGGCGCCAACAAAACAGGCCGCCCUGGACCUGCCAGACGGAGCUCUAGGUUCAGCCAGAGGUAGUCCCGCCAGUCGGCUGAAGGAGCGAGAGAAGCACUUGAAGAGGAGGUCAAAGUCGGAGACGGGUGGAGAGUCGAUAUUCCGUAAGCUGCGCAGUGUGAAGGUGGAUGGCGACACAUCGAGGGCUGGCUCAGAUGCUGAGGAUGGGGGGAAAGUGGAUGACAGUGGCCCACCUCCCAGACCCUGGGCGUGCCAAAGAGGCUUUUCCCAUUUUGACGUCCAGUCUCUACUCUUUGACCUCAAUGAGGCAGUCCACAGUCGUCAGUCUGGGUCCAAACGCAAGAACACCACUACGGGUGCCUCGGCCGCUGCCGCCGCCUCUGCUUCGGCCACGUCCUCCCUCUCCUCCAAUCAGAGUGGAAUAUACGGGUCGCCAUGUGGCUCACAGGAAGAGCUGAGCAAGGAGGGGAUGGGACACGGUACCAACCCCGCCUUGGACCCUGGUGACGACAAGAGCAAUGACGAGGUGCUCAGCUGCCCUUGUUUCAGGAAUGAGAUUGGUGGAGAGGGUGAGAGGAACAUCUCUUCUGCUAAACAGCCGGGCAGCAUAGGUAGCGGAGGCACCUCAAGCAAUUCCUCAGGCAGCACAGAGGAAGGACCUUUGGACGCCACCCUCACUACUCAUUUCACCAACGCUGGUGUGGCAGUGUUGGAGGCCGCCAAGGACGGGCCGAGCCAACACGCUGACAGGUCCAAACGUUACAUUGUGGAACAUGUUGACCUCGGCACCUAUUACUACCGAAAGUACUUCUACCUCAGAGAACACUGGAACUACCUGGGGGUGGACGAGAACCUGGGUCCGGUAGCAGUGAGUCUGAGGAGGGAGAAGCUGGAGGAACACAAGGAGCACGGCCAGCAGUACAACUACAGGGUCAUCUUCAGAACGAGCGAGCUGAACACCCUGAGGGGCUCCGUCCUGGAAGACGCCGUACCGUCCACAUCCAAGCACGGUCUUGCUCGAGGCCUGCCCCUCAAAGAGGUGCUGGAGUACCUGGUGCCUGAGCUCAACGUCCACUGCCUGCGACUGGCGCUCAACACGCCAAAGGUCACCGAGCAGCUGAUGAAGCUGGAUGAGCAGGGGUUGAGUUUCCAGCGUAAAGUGGGGGUGAUGUACUGCAUGGCAGGCCAGAGCGGCGAGGAGGAGAUGUACAACAACGAAUCAGCUGGUCCCGCCCUGGAGGAGUUCAUUCAUCUGUUGGGGGAGAGGGUCCGACUCAAAGGCUUCACCAAGUACCGGGCCCAGCUCGACACCAAGACUGACUCGACGGGCACCCACUCCAUGUACACCACCUACAAGGACUAUGAGAUCAUGUUCCAUGUGUCGACCAUGCUGCCCUACACACCCAACAACAAGCAACAGUUACUGCGGAAGCGUCACAUUGGGAACGAUAUCGUCACGAUCGUGUUCCAGGAACCCGGGGCGCUCCCCUUCACCCCCAAAAACAUUCGCUCACACUUCCAGCACGUCUUUGUGGUGGUGCGUGCUCACAACCCAUGUUCCGACAACAGCUCCUACAGUGUGGCUGUCACUCGCUCCAAAGACGUGCCCUCGUUCGGCCCCCCUAUCCCAGAAGGCGUGACCUUUCCCAAGUCCUCUGUGUUCCGGGACUUCCUGCUGGCCAAGGUCAUCAACGCAGAAAAUGCUGCCCACAAGUCAAACAAGUUCCGCGCCAUGGCCACCCGAACACGCCAGGAGUACCUGCGCGACCUGGCCGAGCGCCACACCACCAGCACGCCCAUCGACCCUUCCGGAAAGUUUCCGUUCAUCUCGCUGGCCCACAAGAAGAAAGAGAAGAGCCGGCCGUACGCCGGGGCGGAGCUGCGCAGCCUGGGGGGGGUGACCUGGCUGGUCCACGUCGAGGAUCACGGGACCGGAGGGGAACUGGAGGCCCUUCUGGCAAUCUCCAACGACUUCCUCAUCCUGUUGGACCAGGACGCCAAGGCCGUGGUGUUUAACUGUGCCACCAAGGAUGUGAUCGGCUGGACGGCGAGCAGCCCGGCGUCUUUGCGGAUUUUCUACGAGCGGGGAGAAAGCGCGUCUCUGAGGAGUGUCAGUAAUAACACUGAGGAUUUCAAGGAGGUGGUCAAACGUCUAGAGUUCCUGACUAAAGGCUGCGAGACAUCAGAGAUGACGCUUCGUCGAAACGGUCUGGGGCAGCUCGGCUUCCACGUGAACUACGAAGGCAUCGUGGCCGAGGUGGAGCCGUACGGUUACGCCUGGCAGGCAGGACUGCGGCAGGGAAGCCGAUUGGUGGAAAUCUGCAAAGUUGCUGUAGCAACGCUGACCCACGAGCAGAUGAUUGACCUCCUGCGGACCUCGGUGACAGUGCGUGUCGUCAUCAUCCCGCCACAUGAUGACGCCACUCCACGCAGAGGAUGUUCGGAGCUCUAUCGGAUGCCCGUGUCAGAAUACAAGAGCAGCAGCGGCGACAGCGGCUCCUUCGAAUACAAGUUCCCCUUCCGCAGCAACAACAACAAGUGGCAGAGGACGUCCAGCAGCCCUCAGCAGUCACUCACCGCCUCGCCACAGCCGCACACGCCCAACCGGGCCAUCAGCCUGGGCAGCUCAGUGGGGAAGACCCUGUCAGCCGAGAGGCUGGAGCGGGGCGCCGUCAUCCCACGCAGUGUCAGCAGUGAUGGCCGGCCCCUGGACCCCAAGAGGAUGUCUCCGGGCAGCGAGAGCUACAGCCUGGCCGCCUCCAUGGCGUUGGGUCGCUCCAAUCGCAGCUCUCCAAGCAACCUGUCUUGUUCCAGUGACGCCUCCGGAAGCUCUGCUCACUGGAGACAGAAGUCCAUGCCCGAGCAGUUUGUAGGCAGCCGCCACUCGCCGAUGUCUGCGGAGAGACGGGAGGUGGUCGGAGAGGGCGGGUCCAGUGGGAAGUCCACUCCCAAUUGGUCGAGGAUGGAGGAAGGGGGAGGGGCCGAACGAGGGUCAACAGAGGCCCCAGUCUCCAAGUCUGGUCAAGGCUACUCUGGAGCUCCCCGCAUCCAGAGGCAGGAGCAGGUCAUCCACGUGUCCCCGAAGAAGGGCAGCCAGUCCGAUGGGCCUUACUCUGGCCACUCCAGCAGUAACACACUAUCCAGCACAGCGUCCAGCGGGGGCCACAGCGACAGCGAUAAAUGGUACGAAAUGGGAGCCGGUGGAGCCUCCAGCGGUGACCAGGGCGAGACAGAGCCCAACGGCCUGGGAGGAGGAGGCUACCUCCAGGGGGCGUCGGCCGACAGCGGCAUCGACACCAGCUCUUACGGAGCCUCUCACCACACGCACCCCCACUCUCACCACGGCAGCACCACCUCCCUGCUGGCUCCCAGCGGAGGCAGAGAGAGCAGGGAGAGCAGGGAGAGCAGGGAGCGGACGGCGUCUCCAUGGCACAGCCCCACCGAGGGGGGCCGCAGGAUGCUGGAGAGGUCGCCGGCUGCCGCCGAGUCCCCGGGCCCUCCAGCAGAAAGGAGUCAGGAGACGGGCCGAAGCCCACCUACUCAUCUCCUGGUUAGAGAGAGCAGCACCUUCAGUCUGAGUGAAGCUGGAUCACACUCGAGGCACUCGGGCCACAGCUCCCCACGAGAUGAGUCCUCCUCUUCAGCCACCUCACCUUCGUCCCAGAACUCACCGUCACCCGGGCCCAAGAGCUUCUACCCCCGCCAAGGAGCUCAGUCCAAGUACCUGAUCGGCUGGAGGAAACCCGGGUCCACCAUCAAUUCUGUCGACUUUGGAGACACGCGCAAGAAGUCUCCAGGAGAGGGAGGAGUGGAGGUUGUUCCGACCCCGGCAGCCAGGCCCUCUCUUCGGGAUAUGCACUCGCCACAACCUCACGCCAAAUCUACUAUGGAGGAGGAUACGAAGAGACACAGCGCCCCAGACAGCCCUCCGCCGCCACGCAGACACAAGGAAAAGCACGGUCAGAAAUCUCCACCCAGCCAGCAUCUGAGCCACCGCCGCUCCCUCCAUCGUACCCUAUCAGAUGAGAGUAUCUAUCGUGGCCAACGCCUGCCUCCUCUGUGCGACUCCGUGACUGAGCCGACACUCAGCGCCGAUGUUCUCUUCAGCUGCUCCACCCUCCCACGCUCACCCACCACCCGCGGCGUUCCCCUCCGACGGCCUUCCUAUAAACUGGGAGUCAAGCUCCACGGCGACCUUUCAGCAUCCGACACCUCAUUGGUGGAUUUGGUGGAGCGUCACCGUGGACCCCUCCCUCAGGAGCUGAUGCCCCUCCCGUCUCAGGACAGGGACAGCCCCCUAGAGUGGACUCACCUGGUGGAUGUGGCCAACACCUUCGAGAGUGAAAGAAACACACACUAUGUACAGAGAAGUUACGUGUUCGGAGAUUCAAACCACCGAAGCAGCGGUGCCUCCAGUCCCCAACAGCCCCACAUAGAGCUGCAGCCUGCUCCGCUGUCACGGCCCUCAUCUAGUGAAGGUCACAUAGGGCUGGAGAGGAAGGUCACCAAGCUGGAGGCCAUGGUGAAGAUGCUCCAGGAGGAUCUGAAGAAGGAGCGAGAGGAGAAGCAGAGACUUCAGGGUCAGAUCAAGAGGCUGUGGGAGGACAACCAGAGACUGCAGGAGGAGUCGCAGACCUCCGCCGCCAAGCUCAAGAAGUUCACAGAGUGGGUCUUCAACACCAUCGACAUGAACUGACUCCGCACCUGCAUAUUUUAACUCACGCACGCACCAACACAAACGCAUACAUCAGCACACACAGACUGGACGGAGAGGCAGAAAAGGGGGGAAGAAGAAAUUGAGCGCAAGAAAACUUUCGACCAUCUUCCAUUGGCUUCAAGCAUCAGCGGGUAAUAUUGUCGACCGGCCUCCACAGACCCCUCUGUAAACUUCUCAGGAUGAGACUCAAGAUAAAAGUUGUUUAUCAGAUAAUGAAGGACUGACCUCUACUCUCCAGAGAGAGCGUUGCUGAAUUGAUCUUUCUCUCAUCUCGCUGUGCCAAAAUUGUUUUUGCAAAAUUGCCAACAAAGAGGAAGCUCUCCCUCUCCCUCCUCCUUCUCAAGAGGUCAGCGUUGCCUCUCCCUCAUCUAAGCACACCAGACUCCCCCUGCCAUGCUCUCUCAGUGGAUGCUUCUCCUUUUUAGAGACAACCUACAGUCCAUAUCUGGCCUUUUCCUCCUUUUUUUUCUAACGUUGCCCAGCUUCUCUGAAAGGUGAGUCUUUAGUGCCAAACCGAACCCGCCACAGCAGAGGGUAGCAGAGACAUCCACGCCAUGCGACGUCAGACAGGUACGACAACAAAUCUGCCGGUCCUGCCACUUUGGAGUUCGCUAUAACACAAACAUAAUGAAUCUGAAGCCUCAAGACAGCUGGACACAGGAGACGUUUUCAUUUCCUUCACAUGUAAAUGGAGUGUAAAGACCACUGAAGGGUCAUCGUGGAAGCAGGUCGCCUCUGAAACAGAAGGGAAACACGGAUUUGUACAGUUUUUUUUCCUCAGAUCUGGAUUACAGCGUCCCGUCUGUCUCUACAGCACAAACCCCUGACAGAGGAGUAUAUUUAUAAGCCAUUAAACAUGACUGAUAUCCAGAGUGCUUUGCUCCAUCCCAAUUGUAUGUGUCUUAAAAGCAAUAGGAAGAAGUCAGGACUCUUUAAAAACAAAAGGGAGAGUUUGCUCUGGGAAGAAGUUCGACUUGGGAAAAGAUUUAAUUAAAAGACUCCAUCUUCUUCCAUUAAAGCAGUCAAGCUUUGGGAAAAAAGGAAAGAGAGGACUCCACCAUCUGGAAUACAGAGAGCUGAUAAGGAAUGACAUUUUUUUGGGAGGGAAAAGUUAUUUUUCCCAGGUUUAAUUUAUUUCCUUGUAUUAUAAUUCCAAUAAAUAAGUUGUUCUGUUCGUACAGUACAACUGACAUCAGUGUUUAGUUCCUCAAGAAAAAGGUCACUAGCGAUAUUAUUAUUUAAAUGGCUUUCUUUCUUAAUUCCGGCGAAACUAUAUGCUUUUUUCUUCUGUAUUCUGUUGUAUUUCGUGGUGCCCGAGCCUGCUGUCGUGUUGCUUAACAGUGCCCUCUAGUGGUGACCAGUGGAAAUGUCAUGAUUAUUAAAUGUGCUGCCAGUCA